AUGGCCUCUACACUGGAUAGUUAUAUGUCUGAGUCUGGUUAUCCCAACGCAGAUAGAGCCAGUUUUCCAAGAGCCAAGAUACUGCACCAUAAUUCUCCUCCGUACACCCAAGACUCAAACUCGAUGAGCACCGUCCAGGACGAGGAGGAUUUCAAGAACAUUGACAGGUCGUCUUCUUUCCAGACAAGCACAUCAUCGUCAAUCAAGGACUCCCCAGGGACUGCAGGCCCGAAGAUGAGCGCGAACGUUGCCGGUUUGGGGUUCUAUUCCGGUCCCAGUCUCAACGACAUCGCUUCUAAGAACAGCAAACAUGCGACCCAUGUUCGGCAUUCCAUAGCUGUGUCACCAUCUAUGAGCACCAUCACCUUGAAUGUGAACGACUUGACUACCAUUGACGAGAGUUACGACGAGGAGCCCACCAAGAAGAUUGGUAUGACAAACAGCCCCAGCUUGCAGGCUUUAGGCGAUAUACUCGAUGCCAAGAUGCAAACGAAGUCCUUGAAAACGUUCGAGUCAAUCCAGGAGGAGCCAGAGCCUCCAGAACGUGUUGCGGAAACCACCGCGGAGGACGACACCGUGAUCUACAGACAUCCCGUUAACCAGUCGUAUGCAUCUUUUUUCACUGCCCACAGCACCACCGCGCCAGACGCUUCCGACCUUAUCUCUCUAUCCAGCACUAUCAAGGAGAAACCUGCAAACGACACACCCGCCCUAAUGACGCCAAACUUAUUUUCUCCAUCGAUGAUCUUUAACGAACCUGUUGAAACGUUCAAAAUGUUUGAUGACGCGGCCGUCAUACCAAACUCUAAUUCGUUUAGCAUCCCAAGACAAGAGACCUCUGUAAUUCAUGAAAUCGGCUAUGACGAGCAGGAAUCUUUUGUGGCCCAAAUGGCUAGCCCGCGUGCUGAACAAAGGUAUUCGAUGAGACUGGUUGACGACUCCCCAGAAACCCAGACGCCGGUGGCUAUUCAGGAGGUCUUUCCUACGCCUGUGUCUACGCCACAGAAACCAUCGCUGGUGGAAGCUGACGUGCCAAAGGAAGCAAAGCCUGAAGCUUCGACACCUCUGGCAGAGCCUGAAAACGUGUUCACACCUCAGAUAGCUCAGGAUUCCCCUCAUGGUGCGAAGGAAGAGAAGGACCUGCCUGCACUUCCCAAAAACAACAAGAGGCUCUCAUUUAGGGGCUUGUUCAAGAACAAAAAGCAUCUUUCCUCAACUCCUUCGCUAGUCAUUCCUGAGCAGGAGCUAGGACCCUCCAAGACCGCGAAGCCGUUGCGGGCAAAGAGCUUUGCAGGCUUCGAAGAGUCUCCUCAGGAGAAAAAAGCAGAUCAAGUAAAAGACCGUCGCAAGAGUCUUCUGAGUGGGUGGAAGAGAAAGAGUCUGGGCUCAGAGACUGACAAGGUCAAGAGGAAAAGCCUUUUUGGGAAAAGCAAAAGUCAAGGCGACCAUCCUAUGCCUCCACGUGCUGGAAGUGACAAAGCAGAGGAAAGCGAUAAAGAAAAUCGCCCUGCGGCAUUCAAGACCGAAUCGCAUAAUUCGAGCGAACAAAAAUCUUUGUUGGACACAUACGGCUUCAGCGGUCAGGCCUCAGGCUCCGAGGUGGGUGUCGUGCUUUCAACUCCACUGGAGACACAGUCAGACUUCAUGGACCAGAGUCCUCUGACUCUGCAGUCCCCAAAAUACGUUUCUACUGCCUGCCAUCGCAAGUCCACAUACCACGACAAUGCCGAUGUGUCUUCGGCAGAGAUCCUGGCGGAAUCGGAUGUUUACCGUCUGGACACGCCUUCUCCGAUCAAUGGAGACUUUUACAGUCCCGAAAGACCAACUUUGGCUCCUACCCGAGACAAAAACUCGUUCUUGAGCAAACGAGAGAAUAGCUACACCAAGCUACUGGCGGGCGAAGCGUUGUUUCCCAAGAGACUGGCUGCUGACGAAGUGCAAAGCAUCGUCACUCUGGAACGCUCAAGAUCGAUGAAGUCCAUCAAGUCCGCAAGAUCCUCUAUGGCCCAUUCACAGUCUGUAAGCAGCUCCACUGUGGAAAUGAUUAACAGCAACCGAGUUGAUGGGCCGCUUGUGACGUCGGACGGCAUGACGGUGGUGAGGUCACCGCAUUCUGCAAAGUCUCCAAAAUCCCCUAUUUCUCUGAAAUCGUCUUCUAGCAGAAGACAGACGGGCAUCUUGAAGAAGAGUCAAGAACCCCUCUUUGGCUUUGGGUUGCAAAACGAGGAGCUCAGCGAAAUAUACAACAUGAUUCAAUUUGGAGACGACGAUCUUCAGAUAGAUACCGAUUUCCAUCUCGAGGACGAAGACAGAGAAGCUGUGCUUGAGCCUGCAAUUUCCUUCAAGUUUGAAAGUAAUGUACUGGAACCGGCUUCGAAUCACUCACAGCAGCUCCCGAUCACGCCUGACUCGUCCCCCGACCACGGAAACUGGGAAAUGAUUGAUGAAUGGGAGGGUGAAGACCAACAGAGCCAGACCUUUGUUAGCCAUUCGCAAAACUACUCCAUCAACAAUCCCCACCCCGGAGAUUACCGACUCUCGUUGGAAAGUGCAGUUUCGGAGACGACAGAAAGUCCCGUUCUCGAUAGGCCGUUGUCAGGCCUGCAGGGUCCGGUGUUCACUCCCGGCGUGAAAUUUUCGGGGGCCACCAGAAACUUUAGAUUCUCCUACGACGAGGAGCCUUCAAGAGAUUUUGAGGAGUACGUCGCAGAAGCAUCCAUGACAAGCCAGGACUCAGAGGGUUGUCAUUCACGGGAAAGAAUUCGCAAGUCUAGAAGAAUGUCUUUGAUCAGUAAGCUGAACAAGAGAGACAGCAACGGAUCCAAAAGAGGGAAGAGCAGGUCUCAAAGCUCAAUCCGCCUGAGCUUCUUUGGAUCGAAGUCAAGUAUCGAUACCAAGGAUUUGAAUUCUUCGCCAAUGGCAUCUCCUAUGCACGAAAUCCCUAGAGUCCGGUUCUCGUCUAAGAUCUUGCUCUUCGACACUUACGGUGAACACGAGUACGACAGAAAGCCAGAUCAAGCCACAUGUAAUCAGCUGACACCUCAGCUGGCACUUGAGAUCAAGAACGAGCUCAAUGAAGUGAAGGCAGAGAUGCCUGUCCAUGAACUUUCUAGAUGUUACACCCAUUUCUUUUAG